AACAGCUUAUUUUCAAAUGGAAGACAGCAUGUGUUAUCUUCUGGAAAUAGGAUGACGGCUGUUUGGUAUACCGACGGCUCAGUUGUGAAUAAAGGCUUUUAUGCGCUGUAUAAAGCUGUAUUGAAUAAUUCUGAAUGUAUUCCAGUGGACUGUGGACCACCGCCUCAAAUUUCAAGAGGGCAUUUGGGUACAUAUUUUUCUACACUUAACCCGUCCACAAUCGAGAUAAAAUGUGAUCCUGGCUACUUACACAGCAACAAAAUUUUUACUCAAUGUCAGAGCAACGGAAGAUGGUCAGUCGCUGAGUGUACCUUAGUAUGUAAGCAGUGGGCUGGAUUAACCGAUCUUCCAGUGAAUCAGAUGAUUACAUACCCCAACCACACGACAUUUAUUGGAGAUACAGCCCUAAUGACAUGUGAUGCAGGUUACCAUGUCUUUAAUGACUCCAGCAACCACACUGAGAUGGCUGUGUGUACAUCGAAUGGAACCUGGAGUCCAUACACAUACUCGCACUGUGUUCCUAUAGACUGCGGUUUACCACCAGCAUUAGAUAACGGAAUGAUGAAGCUUAUGAACAAUACGACACAUUUCCAGUCGCAAGCAGACGUUACAUGCAAACACGGCUACUUUCUCAACGGUAGUUCUAGUACCAUCGAUUGUACUGAUGACGGGCAUUGGAGUCUGGAUGAUUCGCACAGAUGUCUUCCUGUCGAUUGCGGAUUGCCGCCAUCCUUAGCAAACGGAAAUGUGAAGCUACUUAAUAACUUGACAACAUUCCCGUCGCAAGCAGAAGUAACAUGCAAUCGUGGUUACUUUCUCAACAGUAGUUUUAAUAUCCUCAAUUGCACCGAAAAAGGAAGUUGGAAUCAAGAUUCGUACAGCUGUCUACUUGUUGAUUGUAGAGAGUGGUAUAGUAGUUUGCCGAAGCAUCAGACAAUUAUUUACAAAAACGCGACGAGUUUCGGUUCUAAAGCUAUAAUGACAUGCAACCAGGGAUACCACGUUGUCAACAAGACCAAUAUAGUAUCGGAAUCAGCUAUUUGUACCGAGAAUGGCACAUGGAGUUUACCUUCAUAUACAGUCUGUGUUCCAACUGUGGAAAAGACUUUUCGAAACUGUACGAAGGACAUAACCUGGAAUGAAACUCAAGCAGGGACAAUUGUUGAGGAAAAAUGUCCAAAUGGCUACUCUGGGAAGGUUAGUCGGCAAUGUAGCGAGGAAGGACUCUGGCUCAACCCAUUCUACAACUGCGUAUCAGAACGCGUUGCUGAAUUGAUGUCCGCGGUGGAGAGUAUCAAAGAAACCCCCUCAGCUGAGAACAUCACAAACAUUCUAGAUCAGCUAAUAAAUGUUACAAAACCUGACAAAGGAUCAUCCUAUAUCGGCGACUUGAACGCAAUUACUAGCAUCCUUGAUACCAUAGCAAGCGUCAGCAACAAAAUCGAGGUUACGGACGAGCAAGCAGAGACGUUCUUUAACACAACAAGUAACUUACUGGACACUGCCAACGCCGAAUCAUGGCAAUCAGGGGAAAACGACGGGUCGACGGAUGGAUCGGUAAGAUCCGUAGACAAUAUGAUAAAGUCAUUAUUAUAA